CAGACACACACACACAGCAUAGAGAGAGAGACGCAGCUUUUGUACGAGAGAAAACAGCUUGAAAGGACAUCAUGAAGGAGUUUUCUCUGUCUCUGCUGAGUCGAGGCUGUGGUCGAUUGAUCUCGUCCAAGAGAAAUCCUGGAAGACAUGAUGGACGGCUGGACGUCUGCUUCACACCACAGGAUUACUACAUCUGGAAGUCCCAGGAGCCUCUGCUGCAUUUGUCCAACAGUGGUCGCCUACUUGUAAAAGCAGAGUCAACCCUUCCAAAGACGUACAGCACUCGUAGGGGCCCACUGCUACUGUACUCCCAGGACCUGGUUUCAACGGAAAACAAAUGUGGGUCAGUGGCUGGUAACAGGAAGAAGCGGGUUGUGCAACAUUACUCUCAACAAGUGGAACAGCAGCUCAGCACCCUGAAGGAGCUGACAUCGGCCAUUUUGAGCUACAGCAACAAUCAGUGCUCCUAUUCCAGACUCGCUCCAUCCCUCUUUCCUCUUCUUCACGUCCCUCCAGUUCCAAAUGUUCGUUUUCCUAAUCCUCAGCCGGCUUGCUCCACACCAGCACAGCCCAGUCCAGAGUUGUUUGUGCAGCAUAACCCAGUGUGGCUUCCUGCAGAGGAAAACACUGAACAACUGGAGAAUCAACCUGAAGAUAAAGAGGAGCUGGACAACAGGAGCAGAGUCAGGCUGGAUGUGUUCCUUCAAAUAACAUGUACCUCCAGGAGUCCAACCCCACAGACGGAGACUCAGCCCUGGGUACAUUAUGUAGCGUUAACCCCUGAAGAACCAGAAGAAGAUAAGGAGUACUCUGACAUGUGUCUGCAGCAGACUGAAAGUUCACAGUACACUGAAAUAAACCACCACAGUACAGGAGAGGAGCUGCAUUAUCCACACAUGAACUGUGUCUACGACAUGGCUGAUGAUCGAGACUGUUCCAUUUGGAGAAACAGUGAAACACUCAGUGAUAAAGGCAACUGUGAGAGAUCGAUGAGUGGGAACCGACACAGGAGAACAGGGCUGUACCUUCCUCCAGUGGAAUUGGGAAAUUCAGCCUGUUCCAGAUCCUGCGGGGAGAAGACAGACGGGUCGGACGGUGCCAAACACUGUGCGCAACGCCUGCCUCCCAUAGCAGGUGCCACCGCACGAGUGAUCCAGGCUCAGAACCAGCAGGACAUCCGACCACGAUCAGAAAAAGACACGGUUCAGUCCAGAGAAAAUCUGAAUAGAUUCCGUCUGCCGCCUUUGGUUCUAUCCCCACUGUUUCCUGAACAAAAAGAGGAGAUGAGUGUGAAGCAGAAAGGAGAAAGAGAAAAAACAGAGAGAUCUUACUUUAAAAAACAGACGGCAGCAGGAGGAAGAAGAGGAGGAAGAGGAAGGCUGCCGUCUGAGAAAGGUGCUACGAUACUGCUGGAGCCCGGACAUGAGCCUCCUCCUGCAGUAGGAGUUUCGGGUUGUGUUGUGGGACGGAUAGGUCCGGGCAGACAGAGCUCUUUGGCUUUCUUACAGAACCGACUGCCUGACCUCCAGAAUCCCUUUGGGUCCAGAGAUGCUGACAGAGGUGUGGUCAGGGGCCUUCUACCUCUGGAGCUGAGAGAUUUGCAGAAUGGCAAAUCUGUUGGCAGCCUGAUCCUGGGUCCUGAUGGAGAAAUCAUUCAACUGUCACUGUACGACAACAACAGCCAGCACCCAUCUCAGGUUGAUAAUGGAACACAACAGCAAGCUCUCCAGGUUCUUUCAACAGAGGGAGAGACGUUACCCUGGAUCAUUGUGCUGCAGUCUGAGGACACACCUAGAGACGGAGCAGUGGAGCUGAACACAGAUGCUCUUAUAAGUAACGUCCAGCAACAUCUACCCAAGCAUAAGGGAACAGAAAGUCACGUGUCUGUGGGUCAGUUUGCAACAGGGGAGCGAAGACUCAGAACCAAACUGUUCCAAGACGUCCAUGGCUCGACUGAGACUAACAUUUGUCCAGCCACCAGCCGCCCUGACACAGUGGCUGUGACCCUAAAAAAAACUAAAAGUGCAGAAGCAGGGACGGAAACAUUAACUAAACCAAAGAAGGAUGGGAGAAACAAUGUAAGGAUAACUCCACUGAGGGAGAAGGUAGGGACGGAGGAGCAAAGAGGAGGCGACGCUGAGGCAGAGGUGGAAGAGGAGGAUGAGAAAGGACAGACAGGACAUUUGUCUCCGUCACAUCGACCAGGUCAAUCUAGAAAGAAGCAUCACGAUAAAGAGGAUAUGUUUGGCAGCGAGCAGAACAUCAGUCCAACUGAUGCAACAACAGAAGAAACUGUGGACAGAAGAAGGAGGAAUAUUAAGAAGAAGGACACAGAAGAAGCUGCAAUAACAACCGGGACAAGUGGUAUUACAACUGCAGAAUCAGAGGGACAGAAGACGUCCAGGAUCAGCAGAGAUGGAGGAUGGCCGAGACAAAAAACAGAAGACACUUCUCAACCAAUCAGGAGCCAGAAACCAGAGGAACGGACAAACAGAGGAACAACAGAGACUCAUGACGACUCCGCUCCUCCUUCAUCGAAAAAGCAAACGAGAGAUGAGAGGGAAGUAAAGAGAGGACAGGUGAAGAAGAAUGAAGGACACGAGCGAGGAGGAGGAGCGGCGGCGAGGCAGAAGGAAGUGUCUACUGGGAAGAAGAGGGGGAGGAGAGGGAGGCAGACACACAAAGAGUUAGUUGUUGAGAGCGAUGACGACCCUGUGGAGAAAGGGGAGGUGGAGAUCAACCAGGAGCUGGAAGAAGAAGAGUCUUUCCUAAAAUCCCCCGCAAGCCCAUCAGCAACACAAAAACACAAAACAGAAGCAAAGAUGUGUGAAGACGUGGAAACAGAUUGUCUCUCCAGCAAUGACGAACACAGAAACAUCCGAUCAGUGAGUUCACUCAGGUCCAGUGACACUGCGUCCCACCUCCAUCAGAGGAACUCGAGGGGGUCUGCAGCCUCUUCCUGGGGCGGGGCAAUGAUAGCCAGUGCCACAGGUUUCUCUUCAGCAUGUGGUCGUCUGUCGUCAUGUUCCACUGUCAUGGUCGCGGAUGAACAGCUGAUGUUGAACCCAGUUAAGCCAGAGUUACCUAGAAUGAGUCAGGAGGAGGCUGCUGCUCUGCGUCUGGCCCAGCGAGCAGAGAGACGGAGGCAGGAGGUGGAGAGGAAGAGGAGGGAGCGGGAGGAAGAGGAGAGGAGGCAGCAGGAGAGGGAGCAGACGGAGGAGCGGAUGAAGAGCGAGCUGGAGGGGGAGAGGAGGAAGAGAGCUGAGGAGCUCAGACUGAAGAAGCUGGCAGAGGAGGAGCAGAGGAGGAGGCACGAGGAGGAGGAGCAGGCAAGAGUCAGACGGGAACAGGCAAAAAGAGAAAUGGAGAGAAGGAGUCAGGAGGAAAGGAGGAGGCAGAUGGAGCGACUGCAAAGGAUGAGAGAAGAGGAGGAACGGAGGAGGAAAGCUGAGCUUGAGCGUUUGCAGAUGGAGGAGCAGCAGAGGCAGGAGGAGGAGAACAUGAAGCUACAAGAGAUGGAUGAGAGCGAGAGGAUCGAGUACCUCCGCGUGAAGGAGCAGGAGGAAGAGGAGAGGAGGAAGAAAGAGGAGGAGAACAAAAGGAGAGAAGAGGAGGCCGCUCUAUUGGGCGCAGAGCAGGCCAGGAUGCAAGCAGAGCAGCUCGCCAGAGAGGUGGCGCUGUUGCACCAGCAGUUGGCCUUUAAAAGGGGUCUUGUUUUGGAGGCUGGAGGUCUGGAGAAAACUCAGGGAAUCUCCCGGCCGUGGAUCUACUCAUAUUUUAGUUUACUGCAGCUACUGGGUCUGACUCCGUCUCAAGCCGAGACGACCAUCUGACAGACGAGUGGAAACAAGGUUUUCACUGGUGACAUGAAUCUUAAUAAAUCACUUGACACACA